UCUCAUCUCUAAGAAUGAAGACCAGAGUUCUCUUUAACGGCUCCCUCCCAUUCCUGUCACGUAUUUAUUGUGACAAAAUUUUAAAUCCUCUUAAUAGAAGAAAUGGAAGCUGUUAACUGGAGGGCAGCAGGACACGUUUUAGUUAUGCACAUCUUGUUCCUCUCCAUAACUCCAGGAAAUGCACAGAUCGAUGGCUUUGUCAUACAGCUGCGCUGAGCACUGUAGGCAUCCUUAACUCCAAUUGACUUCGCUGGAAUCAAUGGGCUCUUGGAGCCUCUUGGAAGAGAGUCUUGGCAUAUUCAAGUGUGCUUCAGCAGACACAGUGGGUACGAGCAUCACUGCCCACCGGCAGAACACAGCUGCUGCUGGGCGAGGGGAGAACGGGCAGCCAGGGAGAGGGGGACCGUUCUCCAAGUGUUCAAGAGACCAGAUUCCUCUUCUUGCCUUUCUAUGGAUUGUGGGAUCCGAGCCACAGGACUUCCCCAUCUCGGAGCUCUCUGUUUUGAAGCCAGGGUGUGAAGUUAAACGUGUUAAAGGUAAUGAGAUGGUCAGCUACAACGGCGGUGGGAACUGCAUGAGUGUGAAUGGCAGAGGCUUUCCAACCAGGCAGCGUCAGCUGUUUGUGUGCAGGGAGAGCCAGUCUCGAAUUUCUUCCAGCGCUUUAACCUCUGAGACACCUCGUGGUGGAAACAUUCACUGCUGCUGGCAUCUCGACAGGUUCCCUUCUAAACAACGUGGGGCUUCCAUCCUGCUGCCUGUGGAAGCAGCCAGUGUCAACACGGCUUUGGGGAGAAGAUCCCUCGGGAGCAGGUUUUUGUUUCAAAAACGUAAAGCCACGGGGAAGUUCAUUUCGCAAGGAGUGAAGGAAACACCCCGGGGCUGAGCCAUGCCAGCAUCCCGGGACUGAACUGUGCGAGUAUCCCGGGGCUGAACCGAGCCAGCAUCCCAGGCUGAACCGAGCCAGCAUCUCGGAAAUGAACCGAGCCAGCGUCCUAGGCCGAGACAUGCCAGCAUCUCAGGCUGAACCGAGCCAGCAUCCCGGGACUGAACCGAGCCAGCAUCCUGGGCUGAACCGUGCCAGCAUCCCGGGCCGAGACGUGCCAGCAUCCCGAGGACUGAGCCAUGCCAGCAUCCCAGGCUGAACUGUGCGAGCAUCCCGGGGCUGAACCGAGACAGCAUCCCGGUACCGAAUCAAGCAUCCCGGGCGUCCCCGCGCCUGAUUGACUCCCGGGCAGCCAAUCGCGAGCCGCGCUCUGCCCUGGCUCCGCCUCCCGCGGGUCAAACGGUCCAAUGAGCACACGGGAGGCUAACGGAUCCCCCGUGCCGAUGUCAGUGGUCAAACGAGCCAAUGGGCUGCCGGCAGGGCCUGAACCAAUCAGAUCAAAGAGUCUCGCGGA